AUUCUAUAUGCCACAGGCAACUUUUAUAGAUGAUGAUUGUCCUAGGCAAAAAUAUGGUCUCCAAUCUUCAAUUUUGAUAAGAUGUGGAUUAACAGAGCUAGGUGGAGUUAUUGGGCCUAUGUAUGUUGGUCACCAACAAGCCCAUAUUACUGCUGGUCGAAAUGAGCUCGUUGGCAUCUUCAAUUGGAACUUGCAAUCCCAGAAAGCUAAGAACGCUUGGUGUUUUACCACAGAAGGAUAUCAGUUCACCUGAAACCUCAAGAAUCAAAAUAUUGGGGCAGUCCCAGAAAAGUACAUCUUCAUCUGAACAAGCUCUGCAGUUAGAUAAUGGGAAGCCAAGUUUAUUGCGGAGGAGGGAAGCAAUUGGUUUUGGCUUCUGUUUUGGUCUUGUUGAUGUGCUCUUGCCAGUUCAACCCACUGAAGCAGCUGAAGUGGCUCUGUGUGAAUUUACAGAAGCUCCUUCUUGACUAGCUUACUGUGAUAAAGUAGUGGGAGAUGGAGCUGAGGCUGUUAAGGGACAGAUGAUUAAGGUACACUAUACUGGGAAACUGGAGAAUGGCAAAGUGUUCGAUAGUAGCUAUAAUCGGGGGAAGCCCCUUACGUUUCGAAUCGGUGCUGGUGAGGUAAUCAAAGGGUGGGACCAAGGUAUUCUUGGCGGUGAUGGAAUUCCUCCUCCCAUGCUUGCUGGGGGGAAGCGCACCUUGAAGAUCCCUGCAGAACUUGCGUAUGGCGCACGGGGAGCUGGGUGUAGAGGAGGUUCGUGCGUUAUUCCUCCGAAUUCAGUUCUUUUGUUUGAUGUGGCCAAAGAGCCUGCCACACCAGCAGUGUCUCAAUCGAUCCAUCACCUAUUCUUCCCCCUUCCUUUUGCCUCUACCUUUUGCAAAAGCUUUCUUAAUGGUGAAAUUCAGUGUUUUGAAUGUCUUUGGAUGCCAUCACUGAUGAGAAGAUGAUCAGUUUACUUAUCAAGUUGUUUGCUCAUAGUCUAUAAACUAUUUUAGCAACAAGGGUUUUCUGAUCUAAAUCUUGACCUGAUGUUUUUGUACACUGAUCGAGUUUUACAUUGGAGAUGAAAAGCA